GACUCGCUAGCUGAACGGACGUGUAGGUUCACGUUGGCUGCUCGGUCGCCCGCUGUGUGUGUGUUUUUCUUUUUAUUUGGUUGUUUUGUGUGUGUGUGUGUGUUGGACGACGCCAUCGCUGUUGGUGUGGGAUUGGUCAUUCUGAGUUGGGUGUGAUUAUUGUGUUGUUUGUCUUUCGUGUUGUGUAAAAGUUGCAUGCGAGAAGUGAGACUGCGAGUGACCAUUGAGGAUUGUUUCCUGUGCAGCAGCAGCAGUAGCAGCAGCAGCACGUUGACUUUUUGUGGGCCGGAUCGAUCGAUCGGUGGGUGGCGUCGUCGGGCGGAGUCACCCCCGUAUGACGAUGGCUUCUAACGAUCUCCCUGGGACUCUUUGAGAUAAGGGGAGCCACAGAGAAAAGGGCUUGCUUGGGUGACCUAAUGAAAUUUUCGACUCUAACCUCCUCUCUUCUGCCGCGCCUACUACUCUGCGACGCCAACGCCCUCUGAUCUGACGACGCAUCAGACCCGCCCGGCCUGUUAUUACCGGUCUCUCGGGCUGCCAUGGGCUAGUGAACGACACCACACCAAGAAACAAGAAAGGAAAGAAAAAAGAAAAUAAAUAUAUAUCAGGAUGGACUUCCGGAUCGGCCGGACGGUCGUUUCUCCCUCAUCAUCCGCUUCAUCCGGAUUGCUUUACCCUCCGGCUGCACCGCACAGUUUGACGCCGACGCCCAUCUUCUAUUACCCAGGUUUACCACUAAAAAUUCCGCCGUCCCCACAUUCUUCGCCUUUGGUGGCUGGACUGAAUGGCAACCAUCACAGGACGGCCGGUGGUACCACAUCGAGUUCAAUGAUGAGGAGCACAGCAACCGUACAGCCGUCGGCGCUGCAUCCACCCGUGCCUCAAUCGUCGCCGCAUCACCAUCGAACCGCACCUGGUUCAUCAGCAGUGGUCUCUCCUUCGUCAACCGGAACGUCGGCACGCCAUCAGCACAGCUCGAGUAACAAUAGCAAUUGCAGCAGUAGCAGUAGCAACAGCAGCAGUAGCAGUUUUGCGGCCGCCUUGCGUCAUUUGGCCAAACAGGCCGGCGGCCCAACGCAGUCAACCAUUCAUUCCGAUCCAGAAGUGGAAACCAGUCCCAACCGAUCAAGCAGCAGCUACUCCGGAGCAACGCACGGCUAUCCCCCCUACAAUGGCGAUAGAGUGUCGAAAUCGCCCAGUCCGUCGGCCCACUAUCGUCCAACCUCAAAAAGGGAGUCCGGUAAUCACACCAAAAGUCGAAGAGAUGACGGCCUACAUAUCCCCGUGACAACUCGAUCUCGCUCUCCUCCCGUCGUCACUAUCGCCCCGACACUUAGCCUAUCCAGUUUGCAUUACCAGGAUUCCAGGAAGGCUUAUGAUCGGGCAAUGUUGUGCCAUUCAGUGCCAUCUAGUGUCGGAUUCAGCGGCGGAUUGAGUACGGGUUUGACUGGAUUGCAAGGCAUGCCUUCGAUGGUUGGAAAUGCGAGCUCAUAUAGCGCUUCGUCGAUGAUGGCCAACAGCAGUUCACCGGCCUCAUCAAACGGCGAGUACGCUCGCACUUCCGAUAUGUCAGGCUUUAGCCAUCCAAUACCAUCCUACACUCCGUUUCCAACGUCGAGGCCCGACGACCUCUUUUACGGUGGGCUACGCUCUUCGAUGCAGCAGUCGGCAGCCGCCACUUCGCACUUUCGACCAGAAGAAAAUCGAAAUGUGCCCAUGAGCCUCAAUAACUCCUACCACGAAAGUCUUUUGAGCCAGCUUCCGACAUCCAGAGCGCCUUCCACCUUGCUCUCGCAGCACCAAGAAGAUUACCUAUUAGCAGCCCGUAAUUCAGGCUUCAAUCCAUAUGCCCUAGCUACUUCUGGGCCUUUAGAUCAUUCCAGCUUGCACCCAAGCAUGUACUCGCAUCCUUUUGCUUCCUAUCGAUCGCUGGAAGAGCAAAUGUACAUGGAACGAUAUGGCCUCUUAAGGCCUGGAUCCUCGACUUCAGCUCUACCGUCAGCCAUCCCUCCAUAUCCUCCUUUGGGUUUCCCGUCCUACCUUAAUUUCCGCUACCCAUCACCUGGACUACUCCAUUCCGAUUUGGGACUUGUCAACAACGGCAUGGACUUGAAUAGGAUGAAAUUAGAACAAGAACAACGUAUUAAAGAACGGAUCAGAGAGGAAGAAUUCGCUGCUGCAGCUGCCAGUAAAACUCAGGAAAAUGCCGUUUCAAAUCGGCCGUUGGCUACAGUGACCCCUAGGGAAAACAGCGCAACUAAUCAGGAGCGUAGAGAUCGUGAGCGACAGCGUGAAAAAAGGAGAUCGGAAAAGGAUGUCGAAUCCAACCGAAAAAUCACCGUUCAACUACCCAACGAAUCUUCUUCCGGUCGCGGAGUCAAAGUUCACACCGUGUCUCCCCUCUACGCGUCUUAUCCGGUCAUGGUGGAUCGAUGCAACGACAUCACUGAAGAAACAGCAGCACCUGAGGCUUCCAUAAGUCCCAAUCCGCCGACGGAAGAAGAGAAACGUACCACGGAAUUCUCACUAGGAGCUCUAGAGGCUAUGGCGGCCUUGAAAAAACGUACCAUAUCACCACCACCUCCCCCAGAAGAAGAAGAGCAGCCGAGUAAACCCGCCGAGGAAGAGGUCACAGUUCCGCUGGAUUUAUCUGAUCGAUCUGUUGAAAGUGUCAGUCCGGUUGAAGUAAGCCAAGUUGAAAUUUGCCGUGGCACCUCACACGUCGAAGAAUCACCUGUGCGAAGUUUACUUGAUGUUCGGGUGGAACGCUGGAAGAGGAAACGCCAAAACAGCGAUCCCGGGGAGGAGGAAAACGAUGACGAUCUGGACGAUGAAAUGGGCCAGGAAGCAGCCGAAUCCUUGGUGUCAUUAAGCGUAGAGCAGUGCCUAAAAAAAUAUCCUAUCCCUGAAGGAGUCUCUGAGGAACAACACCAUUUCCUCCACAUGUUUGGUCUUAUUACUCCCAAGAAACGAAGUGAAUUUGAACUGGUGAAAUGCAUCCGCCGACAAAAUAUCUUGCGUGAACCAACGCCUCAGCCUAUCGACGCCGAAGAUGAGGACAGUGCCACCAGUCUUCUAAAGCAACGGACACGUUUUGCAGCCACUUUGGUUCGAUCUGCCACUGAGCCACAUAUUAAGGAUCCGGCUACUAAGAAUUUUGCUUCCAGUCUCAACCUUUAUCCGACGGAUGCAGAGGCAGUCGAAAGUCUAGAAAAGUCUUGGAACUUGGUGGUAGCCGACAGAAUGAAGCGCCACUUUGGACAAAAACAAAAUGUACGCAAGAGAUUGUGGAGCGAUACUUUCCGGCCGCUUAAUUUCGACUCGACUUCUGCAUCGACCAACGGAACUGAUGAAUCGAUUAGCAUUGAAGAAACUGGUCCGUUAAUAGGGAACUCAGCCUCCAAGCCUGUGUUUACUUUGCUAUCGCACACACCUACAUUGAACAAACAGUUGUCAGAAGUUUCAAAUAGUGUGGCCAAUUUACCCAAAUUCGAAUUGUCCAACACGGGUUCGCAAUCGACGGUGUGCGAGGCGUCCAAGUUAACUUCAGAAGUUGCGUUUUGGUUACGUCACCUUAAACCAACAAUGGCGAGGACACUAACUUCUUCGUCAGUCAAGGAAAAUGCAUCUGAUCCUACCAAAUCUGAUGAAGGAUCCUCGGCUGAAAAUAGCGACGGUGAAGUUCCCACACGUUGGCCAGGAACAGAUUCCAUCAUGGUUUUGUACAUGGCACAUCAGCAAGAGCUGCUAGUGGAGACCAAGUUUCUUCGGGAGCACUGCGAGCGUCUGCACGUCCAGUUGGCUGAAGGGCAGGCCACCUUGAGUAAAUUAUGUCUAGCACUGAGCUCCUCGGUGGAGGUGCAACGGCGGUGCAAGGAGGAAGACACUUCUACCUUGCAAUCCAUCAGCGAUCUUCAAACCACUUUAAAACUGUUGCAAUCUCCAUGAUUUGUCGUUGGAGAAUAUAGAGUAAAAAGUUUGGUGUUAGCUUGUAAAUAGAGAGUAAAUGAGGCACUGUCAUAUCAGAUGAUGGUAUUUAGGUGCAACUAUCAGUCGAUUUUUCUAUCACUUGUAAAUACGUGCAUCUUGUCGAAGUGUUAUAUCGGACACUCUUCCACUGUUUCAUAUUCAAAACUGUGUUUAGUGUUCGCAUUACUGCCUGUUGAAGCAAGCAAUAAAUUCCCUCUUGAAAAUGA